AUGUUUACCUGUAAUACGUGUACCCUAACGUUCGAUGAGUCGGCCGAGCAAAGGGACCAUAUGAGAGGUGACUGGCAUCGGUAUAACCUCAAGAGAAAGGUGGCCCAGCUCCCGGCGAUCUCGGAAGCCCAAUUCAAUGAAAAAGUGGCCGUGAUGAACAAGGCCACCGAAGAAACCCCCAAGACCAGAGCCCUGAAAAAGGAGGAAAGACAACGGAAACGGGAAGAGCUCCAAGAGAAGAAGCGUCAGAUUUUGGAGAUCGCUCGUAAGGCGAUGGCCGAAGGGAAACUGCCUGCUGAAGUCACCCCUAAGCCCACCGAGCAACUGCCUGCUGAAUCUGAAGCCGCUCAGCCUACUGAACAGGCCAAGCCUGAGGAUGACACCAAGGAGGCUGCUGCCCCUGAAGGUCCUACUGAGGAAGAAAUCAUCAGUCUCAAGCUUAAGAAUAAGGUUGAUAUCCCUCCCACUACAUGUCUCUUCUGUAAGAAGACCCGCAACUUUGAAACUAUUGAUGAGAACUUGGAACAUCUCUGGAAAGCUCACAACCUCUACAUCCCUGAAAGAAAGUACCUCGUUGACGUUGAGGGUCUUUUGAACUAUUUAGGUGAAAAGGUUGGGUUUGGAUUUUGCAUUGCUUGUGGCUACCAGGGUCGUACCUGUGAGGCUGCUAGAGAACAUAUGUUGCUGAAGAGACACAUGAGAAUCCCUUACGAAACGGAAGACGAAAAGCUUGAAAUUUCCCAAUUCUACGACUUCUCGCUGACGUACGCGCCUCGUACUACUAUUGUCAAUGCCGAGGACGUGGUUGCUGACGACGAUGGCGACUGGGAAGACGUCAGUGGCGACGAGGAUGAUGACGAAGGUGACGAUGACGAUGAAGAAGAGGACGAAGAGUUGCUCACUGGUGAUGAUAUUAUCUACCGUCAUGGCAACUCGCUUGUGCUUCCCCUGGGUCAAGUGCUUGGUCACCGGUCUAACCAAAGAUACUACAGACAAAGUUUGGCGCCGGAGCGUAUUUUGACCGAAGGUCAAGGUACGGUUAUCGCCGCGGAAACUCGUCACAUGUUGACUGUCCCCGAAAGACAGGCAUUGCAAGAGUCCAAGCGGGCAUGGGCUAAGCAAAAGAAGCGUGAGGACGUCAAUGACCGUCGUGCCGCCAAAUUUGUUAACAACCAACCAUACUACCGUGAUCAACUUUUGCAAUAA